AAUCUCGCCAGUAGCUAGCAAAAAUAACAUAAUUUAUUUAAAUGAUGACUUUGAGGGUAGGGUGUAUUAGUAUAUAUAAAGCAAGAACUGAAGGAUACACCCAAGGUUGUAGAUCACCAUCUUCGAACAGAGCCAUGCAAAUUUGCCUCAUUUUAACUGCUUUAUUGGCACAUAUAUCGGGAAUUACAGGGUGCACAUGCAUCCCCAGAGACCACCAAACUAAAUACUGCGAAUCUUCCAACGUCGUGAUUGCAAAUGUUACUGGAAUGACUGGUGGCGAGAGAAUUCCCGGGAUUGGCCAACGGAUCUAUGACGUGGACAUUUUGCACGUAUAUAAAGGAACUAUGAGUAAAGGACCUGCACAAGUUGUUACCGCUGGAUCCGAAUCCGUGUGUGGCGUAAAGCUGAGCAAAACUGCGUAUCUUUUGAAUGGUGAUGUGGACAAUGGAAAAUUGCGGAUCCGCCUCUGUAGUAUGUUCUCACCCUACCCGCUUCUUGAUACAAUCACAAUAUUUCCUUUGGAUACUUACUACGAUUGCAGAUGCAAAGCAAAAUACAUGAUAUUUGGAGCAGCAGAGAAAAACACUUGUAAUCUAGCGGAAAGGGCUCGUCGUUGCCCUCCAGAGUCCGGGGCCCUUGGUGACAGACCUGAAUGUCGGUAUAACGAGGGUGAAGAUAAAUGUGAAUGGGACUGUUAAACUCCCUCUUGUACGUUAUCCGAAUAGCACUUCUUUUACAUGUGAACAUAGGCAAUAAAAAUCUGCAAACCCUG